UGAUUAUACUAAUCUGUGCUCAACAGGAUUAUGUUGUAAUAUGUUGGCCUAAAGGUCUAGAAACCAGGCCACAAACUCCAAAAAAAAAAAAAAAUUUUUAGUAUGUUGUACAUACACAAAAAACGCGAUAAAUAUACGUUUUGGUAAAUUUUAGUUAGCAAACUAGUGAAUUUUGUAUAAUGAAGUAAUUAAAAAUAAAAAAAUCAAGAUGUCGCUGGAAAUACCUUUAAUGAGCACCGACGAGGUGAUUGACCUGGAUCCAGAACAAUUACCUUCCGGCGAUGAGGUGCUCAGUAUUUUACAACAAGAACGCUCACAACUCAAUGUUUGGAUUAAUGUUGCACUCGCAUAUUACAAACAAAAGAAAAUCGAUGACUUCCUCAAGAUCCUGGAAGCAUCACGUACAGAUGCCAACAUUGACUAUCGGGAUUUCGAAAGAGAUCAGAUGCGGGCUCUCGACAUGUUGGCCGCAUACUAUGUGCAAGAAGCUAACAAAGAGAAGUCAAAAGAUAAGAAAAAAGAACUAUUUACAAAGGCAACAUUAUUGUACACUAUGGCGGAUAAAAUUAUUAUGUAUGAUCAGAACCAUCUUCUUGGUAGAGCAUAUUUCUGCUUAUUGGAAGGUGACAAAAUGGAACAGGCUGAUGCUCAGUUCAACUUUGUCCUAAAUCAAUCCCCAAAUAAUGUGCCUUCAUUGCUCGGUAAAGCUUGCAUAGCUUUCAAUCGUAAAGAUUACAGAGGGGCACUUGCUUUUUAUAAGAAAGCACUUAGAACAAAUCCAGACAGCCCAGCCGCUUUGAGACUGGGUAUGGGACAUUGUUUUAUGAAGCUGAAUAAUCAGGAGAAAGCCAGGAUGGCCUUUGAAAGAGCUUUACAAUUAGAUCCACAAUGUGUAGGUGCUUUAGUGGGACUUUCCAUUUUAAAAUUAAAUCUGCAGGAGAGUGAAUCAAACAAAAUAGCAGUUAUUAUGUUGUCUAAAGCCUAUGCUAUUGACCCAAAAAAUCCUAUGGUUCUAAAUCAUUUGGCCAAUCAUUUUUUUUUCAAAAAGGACUACAACAAAGUGCAGCAUUUAGCUUUACAUGCCUUUCACAAUACUGAAAACGAAGCCAUGAGAGCUGAGAGCUGCCACCACUUGGCGAGAGCCUUCCACGCGCAAGGAGACUGCGAUAAGGCCUUCCAGUAUUAUUAUCAAGCCACACAGUUUGCGCCACCUAAUUUUGUACUUCCCCAUUAUGGACUAGGACAAAUGUAUAUUUACAGGGGGGACACGGAAAAUGCAGCACAAUGCUUUGAAAAAAUACUCAAAGCUCAGCCUGGUAACUACGAGACAAUGAAGAUAUUGGGCUCGUUGUACGCCAAUUCGCCGUCGCAAUCAAAACGUGACAUCGCUCGGCAGCACUUGAAGAAGGUCACGGAACAGUUUCCAGACGACGUGGAGGCUUGGAUAGAGUUGGCUCAAAUAUUGGAGCAAAAUGAUUUACAGGGUUCCCUAAACGCUUACAGUACUGCUAUGAAAAUUUUAAAGGAGAAAGUAAACGCUGACAUACCAGCCGAAAUAUUAAAUAAUGUUGCAGCCCUACAUUACAGAUUAGGAAAUUUGAAUGAAGCGAAAAAAUAUCUUGAAGAAGCUCUUGAAAGGGAGAAAUCUGAUGCGGAGGCAUUAGACGCACAAUAUUACAAUUCAAUAGCAGUGACGACAAUGUACAACCUGGCGAGGUUGAACGAAGCUUUGUGCAUGUACAACAAAGCUGAGAAACUUUAUAAAGACAUACUGAAGGAGCAUCCAAACUAUAUUGAUUGUUAUUUAAGGUUAGGAUGUAUGGCUCGCGAUAAAGGUCAGAUAUAUGAAGCUUCAGAUUGGUUCAAAGAAGCUCUGAAAGUGAACACAGAACAUCCUGACACAUGGUCGUUGUUGGGAAAUCUCCAUUUGGCUCAACAAGAGUGGGGUCCUGGACAAAAGAAGUUUGAAAGGAUUUUACAGAACUCUUCAACUUCCAACGAUGCUUAUUCUCUCAUUGCUCUUGGAAACGUGUGGCUUCAAACCCUUCAUCAGCCAUGUCGUGAGAAGGACAGGGAAAAAAGACAUCAAGAACGCGCCCUAACGAUGUACAAGCAAGUUUUGAAAACCGAUCCGAAGAACAUCUGGGCUGCAAACGGAAUCGGUUGUGUGUUGGCUCAUAAGGGCUGUAUAAACGAAGCACGCGACAUAUUCGCACAGGUGCGCGAAGCGACGGCGGACUUUCCCGACGUAUGGAUGAAUAUUGCACAUAUUUACGUUGAACAAAAACAAUACAUUAACGCCAUACAGAUGUACGAGAACUGCAUCCGCAAGUUCCGCAUGCAGCACGACGUGGAGUGGCUGACGUGGGUGGCGCGCGCGCAGGGGCUGGCGGGGCGGGCGCGGUGCGCGCGGGGGGCGCUGCUGCGGGCGCGCCGCGUGGCGCCGCACGACCCCGCGCUGCAGUACAACACGGCGCUCACACUGCGCCGCCGCGCCGCCGCCGUGCUCAAGGACGACCGCGCCGACCUCGCGCUCGUGCUGCGCGCCGUGCACGAGCUGCAGGUCUCGCACAGAUACUUCGAGCGGUUAUCAUCAGAGGGCGCGGCAGAGGGCGGCGCGGGCGCGGCGGGGGGCGGCCCGUGGGGCGGGGCGGCGGCGGAGGCGCGCACGUGCGCGGACCUACUGUCGCAGGCGCAGUGGCACGUCGCACGUGCGCGCAGACAACACCACGAGGAGCUGUCGCUGCGGGACAAGCAACGGGAACAGCGAGAGGCCUUCCGCAGGCAACAGGAAGAGGAGCGGCGGAUUCGCGAAGAACAACAACAGAAGAGCACCGUCGAGAUGCUCCAGAAGCGACAGGAGUACAAGGAGAAGACGAAAAACGCGCUGCUGUUCACCGAGAUGCCGGAGAGCAAGCCCCGGGGCGGGGGGAGAGGGAGGAGGAGAGACGAGUACAUAUCGGACUCGCCUGGAAGUGGGAGCGAUCGUCCGCCUGAAGAAAAACGCGAGGCCAAACAGAAGAAGCGUAAACGCGAAGGCGGCGAAGGGAAGAAAGGCAAGUCGAGGAAGCGCAGGGAGCAGCGCGGCUCCGGCAGCGACAGCGACCCGCCCAGGAAGAAGGGCAGGAAACGGGGUGAAAAGGGCAUCGGUCGCCGGGAACGCGCCAAAGCGAAAGCUGCGGAAGAGAAGCUCAGCGCGAAGCAACGCGCAAAGAUCGUUUCCAAGGAGACCAUAUCCACCUCGGAAUCCGACUCGGAUAAUUCGAGAAAGUCGCGUAGCCGCAGUCGAAGUCGCAGCAAGAGCGGCAGCGGGAGUCCGCCCGCCGCCAAGGGAAGGAAGAGGAUCAUGUCGGCCUCCGAUAGCGACAGAUCCAGAUCAAAGUCGAAGAGUCGUUCCAAGUCCAAGUCUCGCAGCCGCUCGCGGUCCGGCUCCGGGAAGAGCCGCUCCAGGUCCAAGAGCCGAUCCAAGUCUAAAUCUCGUUCCAGGUCAAAGAGCAGAUCUCGUUCGAAAAGCCGUUCGAGGUCGAAGAGCGCCUCCAGGUCGAAGAGUCGAUCCAGAUCCAAGAGUCGAUCCAGAUCCAAGAGUCGCUCCAGAUCCAAGAGUCGAUCCAGAUCCAGGAGUCGCUCCAGAUCUAAGAGUCGUUCUAGGUCUAAGAGUCCCUCUAGAUCACGAUCCAGGUCAAAGAGCAAAUCUCGAUCCCGUUCUCGUUCGAAGAGCGGUUCCCGGAGCGGAUCCGGGUCACGAGCGUCGCGCUCGCGGUCUCGCUCCGGGUCAAGGUCGCGAUCCGGGUCAAGGAACUCGAGACCCGACACGCCCGUCUCAAGGAAGUCCGUAUCGGCUAGCGAUGACGAAAAUUAGUUUACUUUGUAAAUAUACGUUGACCAUAUUGACAACACUUUUGAACGUCACUUCUUGGAUGGUAUGGCAACCCCAAGGGAAAUCUUAUCUAAUAAUAUCCAGCAGUAAAAAUUGUUGUGUAAGAAUAGUUUGAACUAUGUACUGUGAACGCUUUGUUUUUAUUAUUAUACUACUAAUGGAAAACUAACAUAAUUACUUGACUACUUAAUAAAUUUGAUAGCCUUACGAAAUAUUCGCGUAUAUAGGCCAUUCUCUUAAUUAUCUUAUCCUAUUCAAUUCAAUUAUACUAAUUAAUCUAGAAUUUUUAUGUAAACACUAAGAACACUAAGAACUUUCAAGUCUUGUUUGUAAUCUUUAAAAUUUAUUUACAUAAACUUACCGUAUUCAUAACUUUGUAACUUUGUUUGUUUGUUCGUUUUGUUUAUUUAUGAGAAAAAAAAAGCGUUGUUUUUCUAAACCUAAUUUUGGUUCACUUUGUAUACUCCCUUGUGUCAGUGGCGUUCAAUAGUUGAAGUCUAUAAAAAGUCUUGAUUUUUAUAUUAGAUGUUUUAGAAUUUCGAUUUCAGCAUUAUUUUAUUGACUGCGGACACCUGCUGUUUUAUUGAAUGUGGUCAAAGAUUCGAGAAGUAUCUUAUUUAUGAGUAUUUCAGUGUUGCCAACUAUGUAGGUACUUUGACGUCUUGCAAAUCUUUUUUACGAGCAGUUCUCGGGUGAAUCUUUAUUUCAGUUUUCACACAACCUGAUAUUAGGAGUAUCCAUGUGAAUGUUUGACUCACAGAGACCGUUCAUGUUAUUUUUUGGCAUAACUAUUGACACACAUACACUUUUUAGGCAGCGGCUUGGCUCUGCCCCUGGCAUUGCUGAAGUCCAUGGGCGACGGUAACCACUCACCAUCAGGUGGGCCGUAUGCUCGUCUGCCUACAAGGGCAAUAAAAAAAAAAAAAUUAUUUAAAUAUGAAAUAAAACAGACUAUUUAUACAUAAUUGUUUUUCUGAUACAACUUAGUCUAGCGAUUAAAAACACAUUUUCAGGUUUAUCUUGAAAAUUGUAUAGUAAUAAAAGUUAUUUAAAAUCAGUUUCUUUUUCCUUAUAAAUUACAGAUGAAGAUAAUUGACAUCAGUGUGCUUAGUGCCAAUAUUUUAACGUUCUCGAUAACGUAAAAGUUAACUCAAAUUUGUAUGCAGUUGGAACAGCGUCCCUAGCGGCAAACGUUCCUACUUCAUACAAAUUUGACUUUUACGUUAUCGAAAACGUUAAAAAACUCGCACUAAGUACACUGGUCAUAACAAUUAGUUUUAUUUAAAAAAAGUGACAUACAACAUUGUGAGUGCAUACACAUUAGACGACCAAUGGAAUCAAAAUAUUUACAUAGCUUUGGCAAAUAUUUGCGAUUUGGAGACUUUUUAAUUAGGUGGGUGGCGCAUUUAAGUUGUAGAUGGCUAUGGGCUCCAGUAACCCCUUAACACCAGGUGGUCUGUGAGUUCGUCCACCCAUGUAGGCAAUAAAUAAAAAAGGAGGAAAAAAAACAUAUUGUAUCGUUUUUGUUUUGAGUUACAUCCAUCCCAUUACCUUUCAACUUAUGUAAGUUUGUGUUAAUACGAACACUGGCUAAUUAUAUUUAUUGCUUAUAUCACAGUUUCUUUUUAUUUUGUUAACUAAAUGUAUUCAUAAGUAUGGGUGCCCAACAUUUGCUGUCACAUGGCUACCUACAUGAUUCGUACGUAUUAUGUGACCGAUAUGUUAGUCCCUUUAACUAUUCGCCAUUAUAUAUUUCAUCACUGAUAUUUAAGAACACAUAUUAAUAAGUAGGUACAUCAUGUUAUUAAGUUAAUUCGUUAUUUGGAGACCCCUUCAUCAGUUUCUGUAAAUCCGAAACCCUUUAUGAAAAGCUCAUCUUUGACAGAUUUAUGAUAUAAUUUUCUCAUGUACGUACACAAUAUACAACAUGUAACAUAUUUAACGCACACCCUCAAACACCCCAAUUAGACUUUAAUAGUAUAAACGCUAUGCAUACACCAAAUAUUAUUUAUAUGUGCGUUAACAUUGAUUAUUUGUGAAAUUAGUUAUUCCAAUUUCGUGGAAAUAAAAUGGUCACCGAUUCACACUCCGCUGCGCACGCACACACAGACACAUGUACACACUCGCCGCCGCGCCGCGCCCCUUGUUCAAUGCACUUUAAUGACCGUUUUCGUAUUUGUUGUUUUAUUUUAGAUAAUACUGCAAUGUCACUUUUCACUUUAUCAAAGGCGGUUAUUAUCUUAUUCUUUAGUUCUUCGGCACUUAUUGUCUGUGUGUUAUAAACUAGCGAUUUAAUUCGCCCCUACAAAAAAAAGUCGAGAGGCGUCAAAUCAGCUGAUCUAGGAGGUCACUGACCGAAAAGACAUAGCGAAAUACGGGAGAUAUUUUAUUUGCACUAUCACUUGACCUCUUAUCGAUAAGGUGGACGCGCCGUGACUGACUUGUCAAAAAUAUUUUGUUGACUUCGUUGCUUAGAUUUUUCUUUGAUCACCGCCGACGCAACCGCGUCGCAUCGGGAUUAGCCUGCCGUUUAUUGUAAGAAUAUUAAGCCGACGAAAGAAAGGGAUAGUAAUUAUUUUUGUAUUACGUGGUUUUCUUUUAUGUAUUGUAGUGUUGCUGUGUGCCGGCGGUCGCUGUUGGUAUUGUGUGCGUAGGUAUUUUAUUUUGUAAUAGACUAUUACCCUUGAAAUAAGUAUCAGAUUUAUUUAAUUAAAUAAUAUUUUUUUUUACUAAUUAGAUAUUUCAUUUUAAAAAGUCUUAAUACCCUGACUUACGUACCAUUUUCGUUUCUAUGAAUUAUUUAGCUAGCUGUGAAGGGUGACUGUAAUUUACCUAGUUUUAACUAAAUUUUAGAAAAAAAAUUUGGUACAUAAAAAACAAUCAAAAUCGAUCCAGAUUCCGAUUCUGAACAAAUUACUUUCAGGGUGUGCGUUAAUUAUGUUACAUGUUGUAUAUAAUAUGUUAAAAAAACAUGCGCCAACCUCGUAUUUCUGUUCAAUUUAUACUCUCAAUAUCUUUAAUCAUAAGUAUGUGUUAUGACUGCAUUAUUAUUAUUAUUAUUUUUCAAUUUUAGAUAGUGACAAAAUUGUUGAUAGUUUUGAAGAAUAAAAUAUCGAGACAAA